CUACAUUCCAGCCUGUCUACAUUAUCAGCCUGCUACCCAGUCCAUCGCGUGGCGGGGGUGGGGUUAUUUAAGCCCUGAAACAGGUCAGGCACUGAGAGCCGGUCAGUUAGGUAGUGAAUUGCACCCGGAACUUCCCUCUAUCACUUGCCCGACCACGCACCUCAACAUCGGAGAUUUUACCCGUGGAUGACUUGCACUCCCCGAAAUAUUCACUUAGGAAACUUUUCCCUGGUCAACCAGUCGACUGUUCCCCCUCCUUGAGAUAGCGGAACGCAACAACGACAAUAUGAGCUCCGAAGCAAGACUCUACUCCUUCUCGCAGGCGACGAAGGAUCACCUGCGCAAGUUCCGUCUAGGCACGUCGCGGGCGAGUGGGCCGCAAGCCGUUAUCUAUUACAUUGACAAGAAGACGUACGAGAUCAAGCAGGAUGAAGAUAAGGUAGUCUACAAGUCCCUGGACGAGAUCGCUGACGACCUGCCCGACAACUCGCCGCGCUAUAUCCUAUUGAGCUACCCUCUCACUCUCCCGUCCGGCCGUCUGUCCGUACCCUACGUCCUGCUGUAUUACCUGCCCAACACGUGCAACGCCGAGAGCCGCAUGACGUACGCUGGUGCGAAGGAGCUGAUGAGGAACACGAGCGAGGUUGGCAAGGUGAUCGACAUCGAGAGCGCGGAGGACUUGGCAGAUGUCCCAAGCAAGUUGGCCGUCGAAUAGGCUAGGGUGUGUUUAUGAGACGGAUUAGGGUGUGGUUUGGACAGCUAUCGAGAGCGCCAUCAUGUCACGGCGAUGA